UUAUGCGGUUCCGAAGAUUUCUCCAUCUACUGCUGAGAAGUCGAGGCAAAAACCUUUGGCAGCUUUGCAUAAUCGCACACCAGCAAUGACAGCUCCACUCGUCCGUCCUCGCCUGCUUCCCUUCCUCUUUCUUCUCGUCUACUUUUCCAAUCUUUGCAAAAUAAUAGCUUCUGAGACACGUGAGCGAGAAAUCCGAUUCCCGAAACCCCAGUUUCCUUAUCUUUCUGACGCCGUCGUCUCUCGCAUAGCAUUCGGCUCAUGUGCUAACCAGAGCGCCCCGCAGCCUAUCUGGAACGCGAUCAUCGAUUUCGCUCCCCAACUCUUUAUUUGGCUCGGCGACAACAUUUAUGGUGAUAACCGCCGUCCCUUAAGGUUUUUCGGCCGUGAGGCCACCUUCGGCCCUUUGAAGAACACUCCUAGGUUCUUCCCGUCCGAAGAAAGUGAGAUGCGUCGGCGCUAUCAACUCGCUAAGGCCCAGCCUGGUUAUUCCCAGCUGAGGAAACGUGCUCAGGUUAUUGGCACAUGGGAUGACCAUGACUAUGGAUUGAACGAUGCAGGGAAAGAAUUUUCUGAGAAGAAUACUAGUCAAAGGCUUCUGUUAGAUUUCCUUGAUGAGCCCGAAGAUAGCGCUCGGCGAAGACAAGCUGGUGUCUAUGCUUCUUAUUUGUUUGGCCCCAAGGGAAAGCAAGUAAAGGUUAUUCUUUUAGAUACAAGAUAUCAUAGGGAUCCGUUGUUCAGUGAUGGAACUAUAUUGGGGGAAUCACAAUGGGAAUGGCUAGAGAAAGAGCUUUAUGGUCCAGGUUCUGAAAUUACGAUUAUAGCAUCUUCUAUUCAGAUUGUCUCAAACCUUUCAGCAAGCACUGGUCCGAUUUUUUACGUGGAAUCCUGGGGACAUUUUCCAAAGGAAAGGGAACGUCUCUACAAAUUGAUAAGUGAUAGUGAGAGAAGUGGAGUGUUUUUCAUCAGUGGUGAUGUUCAUUUUGCCGAGAUUACACGUUAUGACUGUGGUUGCGAGUAUCCAUUAUAUGACAUCACCUCAAGUGGUUUAACUCAAGCUGUUGAGAGGACUGUACCUCCACCCUUGGAUUAUCUUUUGAGGUUAGCAGCCUGGUUAACGCCAACAACUAUGAGAGUGUAUUCCUCAACAUGCCAAUAUAAAUCAUGCACGUAUGCUAAACAAAACUUUGGGGUUAUUGAAAUUGAUUGGGAUACAAUUCCUCAAAGUAUCAAGUUUGAAGUAAGAAGUGUCAAUGGCAAUUCUGUCAACAUGGUAAAAUUCUCUCUUACAGAGUUGCAACCGAAAAAAAUGAACAGAAUUCACAAACAAGAAAAGUAUAGGCAACAUUGCGUUUUGGAAGUUGAGCUGCCAUGGUUUCGUAGGCAUCAGCUAGCUUUUGCUUUUUUUGGAACCUUAGCUGUCUACUUUGUGGCUUUAAUUAUAUUGGUUUGGAUCAUCGCAUCAGCUGGAAAGACGUUUGUACAAAAGCUUAAGAUUGAUUGAAAGUUUUAGUAUAAACAGAUUUCAGUUUUUAUGGCGAGGCAAUUAGAAUCAGAAGAUCAAUCUCAGGCUCUCAGCAGUUCAAAGCAGAACAGCCAUAUGCAAAUCCUAGUACUACUCAAUGAAUUAAGAGCAAGUUCUCUGAAGGGUCUUGAUUCAUUUUUUAUUUGAUCGAUGGUCAUAGCUGGAUUGAGUAAAAUCUAGUUGCAUAAUUUCUCUGUUGUAUUUUUGUAGCGGCAGCCCAAUUUGUUAAAUUUGAAGUUUAAUAGUAGAAGCAGGAGGAAAGUUACAUAUGUUUUCAUUGUGUUAUGUUUGAGGGAUAAUUCAGUUAUAUUGUAAAUUUAACAGAAAAAUACUCGAGGUCAUGUAAUGUCGUUAAAAUUUUUAACCUUAAAUUCAACAAUAAAUCUUUCUCACCACUAUUCAUCUU